UUUCUCGUGCUGUGUGGGAUUUGUUCCUUGACCAGCUAUUUCACGCACCGGCGGUAGACUGUGGGAACCCUCGCUAAGUCAACACUCUGCCUCUCGUGGAUCGCCUCGAUAAGCCAUCGAUCAUUAGGAACAAUUUGCUAAUGCAAUCAUCCAUUGAUCCGGCUUGGGGAAAUAGCCGAUUUCAUUCAGCUGUCUCUGUGUUGUACAAGUUAGUGUAUUGAUUCUUAUAUCGCUCACGUAUCGCUAAGUGUCGAGAGAAGAUUGCAGUGGUGUGAGUUAUUAUUAGAUGUCUGACUUAAUGACACUUGUCAAGUGGUUUAAUCAGUUUAUUGAGAUGUAAUCUGGACGUGAGGGUGAUAACAUCAUCUCCAUCUAGAGGUGUCGGCUGUUGAUGUUGUGUCAAGUUGCUGAUGUUUCUGUCGACUAAUUGGAUGCUGCUUCACGUUAUACUAUCGGUGUAGUUAUAUUUAUACGGUACUUAAUUUCAUAUCAGUGACAUGUCAAUAUAAAAUCGUUUGCACAAGGGAGUUUAAUAUUGUGUAUUUGUUGUGAGUGUCAACCUGCACCUAGCUGUCUCAAGUUGUUACACCUGUGGGCGCUACCAGUAGGACCUAACGUGUGUACACUGCCAUCAGGACCUAACGUGUGUACAAUACCAGCAGGACCUAACACCUGUGUGCCUUGCCUGUAGGACCUAACACCUGUGUACACUGCCAUCAGGACCUAACACCUGUGUACACUACCAGUAGGACCUAACACCUGUGUACACUGCCAUCAGGACCUAACACCUGUGUACACUGCCAGAAGGACCUAACACCUGUGUACACUACCAGUAGGACCUAACACCUGUAUACACGGCCAGCAGGACCUAACACCUGUGUACACUGCCAUCAGGACCUAACACCUAUGUACACUACCAGCAGGACCUAACACCUGUGUGCCUUGCCUGUAGGACCUAACACCUGUGUACACUACCAGAAGGACCUAACAUCUGUGUACACUGCCAAUAGGACCUAACACCUGUGUACACUACCAGCAGGACCUAGCACCUGUGUACACGGCCAAUAGGACCUAACACCUGUGUACACUACCAGUAGGACCUAACACCUGUGUACACUACCAGUAGGACCUAACACCUGUGUACACUACCAGCAGGACCUAGCACCUGUGUACACUACCAGAAGGACCUAACACCUGUGUACACUGCCAAUAGGACCUAACACCUGUGUACACUGCCAUCAGGACCUAACACCUAUGUACACUACUAGCAGGACCUAACACCUGUGUGCCUUGCCUGUAGGACCUAACACCUGUGUACACUACCAGAAGGACCUAACACCUGUGUACACUACCAGUAGGACCUAACACCUGUGUACACUACCAGUAGGACCUAACACCUGUGUACACUACCAGCAGGACCUAGCACCUGUGUACACUACCAGAAGGACCUAACACCUGUGUACACUGCCAAUAGGACCUAACACCUGUGUACACUGCCAUCAGCACCUAACAUCUGUCUACACCGCCAGUAGAUGUAUACCAGGCCUGUACCUACCACCUCUACCAGACACCACACCUCCACCAAUUGUCUGAAGCAGAUCUGGACUAUCUGGCAGUAACAUACAAGUCUAGUGUCCAUCAGCCGAGCCAUGGGCGGCUCCCUGUCCUGUGCCUCUAGAAGCAAGCAGAAAGGCACGUUUGACUACAGUGUGACCAUCCACCCCAGUGAGGAGCUGGACACGUCCAGUUUGGCCUCACUCCACCAGGAUUACAUCGGGGACCAGUUCCUGCCCUACCAGACCAGACCUGCUGACAUCGACAAGACGCUCGUCUCGAAUGGAUUCAUUGUUAACGGAGUUGACAGGCUUCAGAAAACAUGCCACACAGAUUCCAGUUCCUCGCCCUGGAAGUUCUGGCGCCGACUGUCUGGACGUAGUCGCCAUGACCACAAGCCACUGGGCCGUAAGGAGAAGCCAACUAUUGUUCUACUGGAAAAGUCUGACACGUCACAGAACCCCCCUGAGAUAGCUGACCAUCGACCCCUGUCCACCUUAGGACCAGUCUGUCGACCAUUACCAGAUGUUGUAGAGAAAGCUCCAGGUGUGCCCAGGUUUAGCAGCAAUGGGGUACCACCUCCAAAACCACCACGAUUGUUUUUAUUCAGGACCCCCUCCACAGUUACCAAACAUUCCACGGACACAGAAACUGACCCAACCUACAUGAACAGCGAGCAGGUGACUGAGCUCAAGUCCCACAACUCAUCCACAGACUCGUCCCAGUCCCAGAGCCUGGUCAUGGCGGCCAACUACGUGAAAACUCUCAAACUCUCAGACAUGAACGAGAACAACAACCUCUUGGAGCACAUCUCCAAGAACGAGUCCGAGAGGACAGGAAGCUGCGACGCUUCCUUCAGGGAACCUUUAUCUGUGUCUUUCCACAUCAGUCCACAAGUCUCAACCCCCGCAGGCUCCAGGAUCAAAACCAUUCCAGAAAACACUCUUCACAAUUCAAUCCAACGCAAGCCUAAAAUCAAAACACCAGAAAUGAAGCGUGCAGGUCGCCCUCGGAGAAAGUCCAGCGACAAGGGGGAGAUGAGCCGGCAGAAGCACAUCAUGAGCAGCGUGGCCGAGCUACUCAGGCAGAGGCUGGACCCCUACCCCCUGCUGGACCAGCUCAAGAGGCUGGGGGUGCUGACCAACAUCGACGUCCAGUUUUUCCUGGGUCACCAUGACCGCAAGUCUGUGUGUGAGAGCCUGGUCCAGCUGAUAGGGGACAGCACCCCUGACGUGCUGCCUGUCUUCUGUGACGUCAUGAACCAGUCCGGCAACUGUACGGAGAUUCUGGAGGUUCUGCAAGUGAUGAGAGAGAUGGACCGGGUCAUCCAUGACGUCCCCUACAACGUGCACUACGAGACCCCCGUGCUGGCUGAUGAGAAGAACAUCAACUACGAGAUCGGCUACCUGGCCCCCGACCACACCCUCAAGCCCCUGGUGGAGCUGGAGAGGGUACGGGCCAGUACGGACAAGAGACUCAGCAAAGCUUCCUCAAGAAACUCCGCCUACUCCCUGCUGGAGGGCGGGGACAGCGAGUCUUCCAAGAACGGGGAGAACGGGAUCUUCCCCGGCCUCAUUAUGAUGAGUGUUUGUGUCACAGGUCAUAAUUUGUCAGGUCAGAGGUCACAAGCUUUGGCCCAAGUCAUCAAAAACCACAACUGUAUUUGUGAGCUGCGCAUCGGGAAAACCCAGCUGUGUGGUGAGGACAUCCAAGUCAUCUGUAAAGCUUUGGAAGGAAACAGAACAAUCCACUCCCUGGACCUUCGCCUCAACAACAUUGACCUGUCUGGUGCGCAGGCCAUAGCGGAGCUGCUGGUCAAGACAAGGUCCCUGCGCCUGCUCAACCUGUCCUCCUGUGGCCUGGACUACUCCAGCAUCAAGGCCAUAGCUGCAGCCAUGGCCAGCAACCGCAGCCUGCUGGACCUGGACAUGAGUUUCCUGGAGAUGACAGACGACAGCUGCCAGUGUCUGCAGGACAUGCUGCGCGCCAACACCACCCUGCAGAAGGUCAGACUGCGCAGCAACAACCUCACCUGGUCUGGCUGCUACCUCAUCGCAGAGGGGCUGGUGCGCAACCUGAGUCUCAACGUCCUUGACCUCAGCAGGAACCCUAUAGCUGAUGAGGGGAUUCAGGCACUGGCCAAAUUCCUGCCAGAGUCUAGUGUCAGUGAGCUGUGUGUGGAGAACUGUGGCAUCACCAGCGCUGGCUGCGAGGCUCUGGCCGAGCUGGUCACACACUGCAAGAAGCUGCGGCACCUGGACCUCAGCACCAACCUGCUGAUGGACGCUGGUAUCUUCAAGCUGGCGGCUGCCAUAGAGAGGUCGUCAACCUUGCAGAACCUGGGCCUGAACAUGUGUGGCAUCACCAAUGAUGGCUUCUCUAAACUGCUGGAUGUACUGGAGAAGAACACAUCCAUUGACCACAUGAAGCUUUGCUACAACCGGCUGGGCAGGGAGUUCAGCAACCCUUCAGCCACGGUGGACAACCUCAGGUAUCGCCUAAGGAUUGUCACUUCUUCAAAACCCAAGCUAAAAAUACUUUUGUGGGGAAACUCAUUUGAUGAAUCAUCAUAGCAGAGCUAGAUGGCAGUUAGCAGGGCAGGCCAAUAUCUACACCAUCAUCUCUAGAUGUGUAAAUACUGAGAGAGAUGGGAACAAUGUGUGGGGGUAAACAGCUCACACAGCUGUGUGUUCAGAUGUGUGGGAGUACAUACCUCACACACACCUCACACACACAGCACUAGAACUUGAAGGCUGGGUGUAUGAUCCAUGUUGACAGAAAUGUGUGUUGCUUUGAUGCCAGUUGGGGUUAAGAUUGAGGUCAGUGAUUGUUGCUGGGAAGUGAAGUUCCAACAAACAGAUGUUGACAUCCAUGUGAGCUGAGGACCAGUCAUUUAGGAUUAGGUGGAUUAGUAGUUCUGCUUUUAUUAUGCUUCUGUUUUCACCUUAAUCACUGGAUUAAAGCAUGGCUUUAUCUGUGUUAUAAUUUGCACUCAGGUUAAAAAUAGCUGUGAGUCAUGUGACUUGAGUUCAGACAAGCUCUGGGUCAUAGAGCCCAAAAAUGUCUAUUUUAGCCAGAAACAAAUCAUCCUUCAGUUGCAUCAGAGGCUCUCACUGUCCUGGAUACUAGGUUGUUGUGGCCGCGUCAGGGGAUGUUUGAUGGUGUGGUAGCUUGAGACAGUUCCCAAGCAGUUAACUUGACCACAUCUGUUCCACCAAAUUCAAAUUUGUUUCACUGAUCAAGCAAGCUAUCCAGUCCACCAUUGUUGUAGGCUUAAUGUGAUUGGUUGGGUCACAUGGGAUUGACCAAUCACAAGCUUUGUAUGUCACCAAUGUUUGAACCACUGGAGGAUGUUGCACUGGAUAUGCAGGCACCACAUCUGGAUGUUUUUGAUUGGGCUGAUGAUGUCUCAGUUGUACAGUAGUCUGUUGUCAAGAGAUUUCAUCAGUUGUACAGGAUUCUGUUGUCAAUAGAUUUCAUCAUUUGUACAGCAUUCUGUUGUCAAUAGUUUUCUUCAUUUGUACAGCAUUUGUUUCAUUUUUUGACUGUGUUAUUCUGACUGUGAGCCUUCUCUCUGUAUAUAAUAUACCCAAUAUGUAAGUUACCCUGUAACUAGGCUACCCUGUCUCUGAGCUAGUCUGUGGGCUACAUGUCUGUGGGCUACCCUGUCUAUAGGCUACCCUGUCAGUGGGCUACCCUGUGUGUAGGCUACCCUGUGUGUAGGCUACCUGUCUGUGGGCUACCCUGUGUGUAGGCUACCUGUCUGUGGGCUACCCUGUGUGUAGGCUAAACUUGUUUAGUGUGUAGAUUGUGCAGGGUUACCAUUGUACUGACACAUGAAUGGUUACUCUGUGUACAAGGGGAGAUGACUUGGUUGAAACAAAGAUUCUCCUUUGCACUAAUUUUGUUGUAAACAUUUUCUUCACAAUAUUCUUUCAAAUGUUUCCUAGUUAAAGUAACAAAACAACAACUUGUACCAAUGCACUAGUUUAAGUAUUAUGUUUGUUAUAAUUUGUAUAACAAUGCAGUAGUUGAGUAGUAUUACAUUUGUUAUAGCUUUCAGGCUAUAACAAGUGCUAUGUGUUUUUGUGUUACAUUUCUGUGUUCUGUUAGUUUACACUAUAUGUGCAGUCAACAGAGCAUUUCUUCAUGCAACAAGUAGUAUUGCAGCUCACAAAGCUAGUUUUGUUUUCUUUUAAUGGCAAUUAAUUAAUUUUUUUAAAUUAUAUUACCUUGUUUGUCAUUCAGUAUCAGACUUAGCAGUAUAAUCCUUGUCAGUUUUAUUAAGACUUGCCAAUCUUAUUGAGACUUGUCAGUUUUAUUAAGACUUGCCAAUAAUAUUGAGACUUGUCAGUUUUAUUAAGACUUGCCAAUAAUAUUGAGACUUGUCAGUUUCAUAAAACUUGCCAAUCUUAUUGAGACUUGUCAGUUUUAUUAAGACUUGGCAAUAAUAUAGAGACUUGUCAGUUUCAUAAAACUUGCCAAUCUUAUUAAGACUUGUCGGUUAGUCCUAGACUUGUCUAGAAACCAACCAGACCUGCUUGUACAGUUGUUUUAUUGAGGCUGUGGCUUGACUGUGAAUAGUUUGUUUUUUAAAUUGAUAUUUUAUUUAAGACAAAUUUAGCUAAUGAAAUGAAUUUGAUUACCAUGUCAAAUGUUCAAAUUGUUAAACAUUAAAACACAAUGUUCAUGUUUCA